AUGGAAUCAGACAAUGCACACGGGGAAGUGUUUCUAUUCACAUCAGAAUCAGUCGGUGAAGGACAUCCUGAUAAAAUCUGUGAUCAAGUUAGUGAUGCUAUACUCGAUGCUUGUUUAGAGCAAGAUCCAAAUUCUAAAGUUGCCUGUGAAUCAUGUACGAAAACUGGUAUGGUCUUAGUAUGUGGUGAAAUAACAACAAGAGCUAGUCUUGAUUAUCAACAAAUAGUUCGUGAUACAGUUCGUGAUAUUGGUUGGGAUUCAUCAGAUAAAGGUUUUGAUUAUAAAACCAUGAAUGUUCUUGUUGCACUUGAACAACAAUCACCUGACAUAGCUCAAGCCGUUCAUGAAAAACGAACUGAUGAAGAUAUUGGUGCUGGUGAUCAAGGUUUAAUGUUUGGUUAUGCAACUGAUGAAACUGAAGAAUGUAUGCCAUUAACUGUCGUACUUUCUCAUCAUCUUAAUGCUAAAAUGGCUGAAUUAAGACGUAAUGGUCAAUUAGAUUAUCUUCGACCAGAUUCAAAAACUCAAGUUACUGUUGAAUAUAAAUUUGAUAAAGGUGCAUGUAUUCCUCAACGUGUUCAUACAAUUGUUAUAUCAACUCAACAUAGUCCACAAGUAACACAAGAACAAUUACGUGAUGAUCUUCUUAAUAAAGUUAUUAAACCUGUUGUACCAAAAGAAUUACUUGAUGGUAACACAGUUUAUUAUUUAAAUCCAUCGGGUAAAUUUGAAAUUGGUGGUCCACAAGGUGAUGCUGGUUUAACUGGCCGAAAAAUUAUUGUCGAUACAUAUGGUGGAUGGGGUGCUCAUGGUGGGGGUGCAUUUAGUGGUAAAGAUCCAUCGAAAGUUGAUCGUUCAGGAGCUUAUGCUGCUCGUUGGGUCGCUAAAUCAUUAGUUAAAGCAAAACUUUGUCGUCGUUGUCUGGUUCAAGUAUCUUAUAGUAUAGCUAUCGCUGAACCAUUAUCUAUUGCUGUUUUUUCUUAUGGUACUUCAAAAAAAACAGAUAAAGAAUUACUUGAAAUAGUUAAAAGAAAUUUUGAUCUUCGUCCAGGUAUUAUUAUUCGGGAUCUCAAUUUAAAAACUCCAAUCUAUAAGAAAACAGCAUGUUAUGGACAUUUUGGUCGAUCAGAAUUUCCAUGGGAACAAGCUAAACAACUUAAAUCAUGA